GUGGAACUUGUAUCAUAGGCUUAUAAGUAGUCCGUUGGAGCCUUUCUGUAUCGUCUCUACCAAUUCAAGUGCACUUCCAGAUUCUCCCCAAUCUCCACCAAAGUUCCCAGCAGAAUGUUCCAGUCCGCACCCAUGGAAUACACUCCCCUCAUUCUGAAAGCCUUCUCCUCCUGGAUCAUCUAUCUCGGCGUAUCACACGUCGUGCGUGGGAUAAAAGAAUAUCUCACACAAACUGAACGCGAAAAACUCCCCUCCGCCACUGUCUCCCUCAUGGACUCACAGUUCCGCUUCCUUGGUGGAACAUACAUUGGCUACGGCGCUGCGUUAUGCUGGACGUCUUACGAUGUAAAAGAAAGACAGUUGCCAUUGAAUAUUCUCUUGGCUGGUUUGGCACUCGGCGGUAUUGGGAGAGCUAUUUCAGCUGGCGUCUUUGGCUGGGGGUUUCCGUGGGUGCGACGAGCUACGAUCACUGAGAUUGCCGUACCACCCUUGGUCUACUGGUUUGGCUCCCGCAAGUAUCUAUAGGAGAAGGCAUGGUUGGACUAUGUGUCAGUUAUCAGUAAUUAUAGGAUUUGUACGUUUGUUGACUCGACAUCUCUCCUUUGGAUAUUGAAAGGUUCGUGAACCCAACUUGACACGUUGCGAAGCAUAACAGGCAGUGUGUGUGAC